GGUAGAGAUGUUCCACGUGAACCGUGACGUAAUAAAUGGCUGGCGGACAUUGCAGACAUACAGUAUUAUAGAUUGUUUUUUAUGAGAAAAGUUGCUUUUAAAUCCCAUAUGUAAUUUAUAAUAUCGAAUUAUUAAGAAUAUGGAACAAAUGGAAGUUUGAUAAGUCAGAUGUAUGUUUGGAGUGAUUAUUUACAUCUACAAGACGAUUUGAACUUACAGUUUUAAGCCUAAACGGAAGAGGUCGAAAAACUGAUAAAAUACACACACUUGUAUAAAAAAAACACAUAAAAACAAAAUAGGGAAAAAAAUGGACGAAAGGCAGAAAAGGAAUAUUUGGUUAACAUGAUAGGAUUUACACGAAAAGUACUGUCUUUAGAGAAGAUUUUAGUGAUCAUCUGAAGACCAUUUGUGUUGGUUGACAGUUGUUGGAAAUGACUGAGUACCAAUGGGCUUAUUCACUUGUGGAUUCUUCAAGAGUGUCAACGUUUCUCAUUUCAAUUUUAUUGAUUGUAUAUGGCAGCUUUCGGUCAUUAAAUAUGGAGCAAGAAGCCAAACAGAAGGAAAAAGAAAGAAAUGGACAGCCAGCAGAUAACAAUGUCCAGACUUUGGAUACAAUGCAGGCAUUAUGUCUUCCGCUUGGCGCCUCCAUAUCGUUAUUAGUGAUGUUUUUCUUUUUUGAUUCAAUGCAAAUGCUCUUUGCUAUCUGUACUGCAAUUAUAGCCACCAUUGCUUUAGCUUUUCUGCUCUUACCUAUGUGUCAAUAUAUUAUUCGGCCUUGUUCAGACGGAAAUAAAAUCUCAUUUGGAAUGUGUGGUCGUUUCACAGCAGCAGAACUUGUUUCUUUCUCAUUAUCUGUUACAAUUGUGUGUAUCUGGGUGUUAACUGGUCAUUGGCUAUUGAUGGAUGCUAUGGGGAUGGGUUUGUGUGUUGCAUUUAUUGCAUUUGUAAGAUUACCCAGUUUAAAAGUAUCUACACUAUUAUUAACAGGAUUAUUGAUUUAUGAUGUAUUCUGGGUAUUCUUUUCGUCAUAUAUAUUUAAUGCUAAUGUUAUGGUUAAAGUUGCAACUAGACCAGCUGAAAAUCCAGUUGGAAUUAUGGCAAAGAAGUUUCAUUUGGGUGGUGUUGUGAGAGAAGCUCCAAAACUACCAUUACCAGGCAAGCUUGUUUUCCCAAGUAUGCAUAACAGUGGACAUUUUUCUAUGUUGGGACUUGGUGAUAUUGUUAUGCCUGGACUAUUGCUUUGUUUUGUUUUAAGAUAUGAUGCUUACAAAAAAUCACAACUAAGCUCAGCAGAAGCAGGUGUUCCUCCUCCUAAUCAACUUAAUAAAAUAUCUUAUUUCCAUUGUUCAUUGAUAGGAUAUUUUUUAGGUUUAUUGACAGCUACUGUAUCAUCAGAAGUAUUUAAAGCUGCUCAGCCAGCUCUUCUCUACUUAGUUCCAUUUACUCUGUUACCUUUACUUACGAUGGCUUAUCUAAAGGGAGAUCUGCGACGCAUGUGGAGCGAACCUUUUAUAGUUACUCAACCAUCUAAACAUCAAGAAGUUUGAAUUAAUCAUAAAAAUAAGACUAUUAUAAUAAUUGACUUGACUGUUGCUAGGCAACUGCACUGCCCAAACCAAAUGCUACAGCCCCAGGCAACUAGUCCUUUGAUCUCCUGAGGCUAGAAGAUAUUUUGGAGGCCAUCAAAGAAUCUCAUCUAAAUUUUACAAUAAGGUGUAGAAAUUUGCUAGAUAUCUGUUAUUGGAAUUAAGUUGGCAAGAUUGGAGUGCCUUAUAAGUUGUGAAGAACUUUCAUGUUUGGAAACUUUGUUUGAGAAGUUUAUAAACUUGAUGCUGAAAGGAAAGUCAGUUUAGCAAGACUUUAAAAAAGCUUAAAAAGUGAAAUUAAAUAUCAAACAAACAGAUCAUGACGUCAAUAUUUAAAUCCACAUAGAGAAUUUGAACAGAACUUUAUACAAGAUUUUUUUGUGUAUUAGUCUAAUUUGUUGUUUGUGUUUUUAGAGAUCAAUUUUUUUAAGUUUCACAAAAGUAAAAAUAACUCACAUAGGGUUGUCUCGUUAAAUAUUUUGCAUUUUAAUUUGAAAAAAUGUCAUUGCCGACAAGCAGAUAACACAUGAAAGCUUUUCUGUAAGAAAGGCAAAAAAAAACAAUUUUGGUGCAUUCCCAGAGUUUUAUAAAUGCAUGUUUUGUUGGGCUUCCAGAAUAUUUGUUUUUCAUAUAUAAAAUUAAUAUAUAGUUAAAUUGCCAGUUUGAAUCUAGAUCUGACAAUUUGAAAUAACUCAAGAUUGUGAGAUAUAAAUAUAUUAUAUAUAUAAAUAUAAAAUAUAUCUGGCAGCUGUAAAUAUAGAAAUUUAUUAUGGGAAUAUACAAUUACCCAUAAUUUAUUCACAAAUAGAAACAAAACAAGUACUAUUGUUUUAAAUCAUCAGGGAAAAGCAACAUAGUUUCUGACACUCAUGGUGCAAAGUAAUUUAAAAAUCUAAGGUAUGGUACCAGCAGAGUCGAAAAAGGAAAAGAGUGAAAUGGUCUUGUACAGAUACAUCUUAUUUUAAUUCCCUACAUUUUACAAUUUAUUCUCCAGUAGGGGUUGUGGAUAGAACACUUUUGUUGUAUAAUGUGUCACAUUUGUAAGAUUUUGUAUGUGAUUUUGUUCUUUAUUGUGAAUGCACACUGUGUGUGUAUACAAAGUCUGCAAUAUACAUAAGUCAUUGAAAUGUCCCCUAGUAGAAAGAUGUUCUGCCAUUUUGAUACUUGAAUAUAUUUAAAGGUCUCUGUAAUAAAGUAAUCAUACCUUUUACAAUUA